GAGAAAGCGUGCGGCCCGGUCCCAGAAAAUUUUCUCUGGACCCGCUCACCGUUGCAAAAGAAGAAUUCCAACCCCGCGCCUCAUGCUCCGCUGGAAGAAUCGACCGUUGCAUUUGCUCCUUUCCGGCUUCCUUCUUCUUCUUCUUCCUCAGCCUCUCCCCCAAUUUCAAAUCCUCCUCUUAUUCUUCUUCUUCGCCAGCGGCAGCACCACCGACGAGAGCUCGAUGGACAAGUACGAGAAGCUGGAGAAGGUGGGGGAAGGGACGUACGGGAAGGUGUACAAGGCGGCGGUGCGCGCGACGGGGCAGCUGGUGGCGCUCAAGAAGACGCGGCUGGAGAUGGACGAGGAAGGGAUCCCGCCCACGGCGCUCCGGGAGAUCUCCCUCCUCAGACUCCUCUCCUCCUCCCCCUACGUCGUCCGCCUCCUCUUCUUCGAGUUCCUCGACACCGACCUCAAGAAGUUCGUCGACGGGUUCCGCAAAGGGCCUUCUGCUAGGCCUCUCCCCACACAGGUCGUCAAGAGUUUCUUGUACCAGUUAUGCAAAGGAAUCGCGCAUUGCCAUGGCCAUGGUGUCCUUCACCGGGAUUUAAAGCCACAAAACUUGCUGGUCGACAAGGAGAAGGGGGUAUUGAAAAUUGCUGAUCUUGGGCUAAGCAGAGCUUUUACUGUUCCUAUGAAAAGUUACACUCAUGAGAUUGUGACGCUCUGGUAUCGAGCUCCUGAAGUUUUACUCGGAGCGACACAUUAUUCAACUGGUGUUGAUGUUUGGUCUAUUGGAUGCAUCUUCGCUGAAAUGGUCAGAAGACAAGCUCUUUUUACUGGUGACUCCGAGUUGCAACAGCUGCUUCACAUUUUCAGGAUGCUGGGAACCCCGACAGAGGAGCAAUGGCCUGGAGUGACUGCUCUGAGGGACUGGCAUGAGUACCCACAGUGGAAGCCGCAGAGCCUGGCGCGCGCGGUGCCGACGCUGGAGCCCGAAGGACUCGACCUGCUAUCGAGAAUGCUUCGGUUCGACCCGGCCAACAGGAUCUCGGCCAGGGCCGCGUUGGAGCACGCCUACUUUGACAGCCUCGACAAGUCCCAGUUCUAACUAGACUUGGAGUCGUCGUCGUUGCUGCUGCUGCCGCGUCUUGGUGGGGCAAGGAAGGAGAUGAUUCGCAUUCGCUUGCCAUCUAGGCAACCAACCUGAUCCUGAGUUAACGAGUAGUGAUAAUAACAGCUUUUCAGUGAGUGUAAAAUCGAUGUUCCUGCGUGCGUGUGUAAUUUCCUCCUAUGUAUGUGAAUGUUGUUGUGUGGGUUGGAUUCUGCCGGACGGCAAUCUUGCCUGUUCAGACAAACCCAGCGAGCGAUCAGGGAGAUUGUCUUCGUAAUGUUAUUUAUCAUGGGAGUUACCCCUCACUCCGAUCCUAAAUUGUCGUCGAAAUAUUACAUGUAUGUAGAUGCUUUUUAAAAAUAAAUACAUUCAUAUUUGGACAAA